AUGAUGGAGGUAGUCAUCUUCUCAGAAUGGAUUUGAGUUUCUCUGUAUGUAUUUGUGUGUGUGAGAGAGAGAAGUUGGACGAUUCUUGAAAUUUCCUCUCUGAAGGCACACACUGGAUCUUGAUUUUACGGCUAAAUUUGAGGUACCCAAUUAUUUUCUAAGCAAUCUGUGUAAUUUGUGUCUUCCAACACCAAAUUCGAUCUAUUUUCUUUAAUUUCGAUUCUGGGUGGGUCUGAUCGAUUCAUAUGAAUUAAAAAUGGCAAGUAAUUGGGUUAUUUCAUUCAUCUGCUUCUAUCUCCUCCUUCCUCAAACUUGCUUGGCCGGCGUUAGAAAUAUUGGCAGGGUUAAUCCAGGUUUCAUAGCAACUCAAAUGAGUUCCAUAGCUGAUAACGGUUUGUUCCUAUUUUCAAAUUCCUCCAAUUUUGCAUUUGGAUUUUCCAAUCAGAAAAACAAUCCCACUAUGUUUCAGCUUGUUGUGCUUUAUAUGGGUAGUAAUAUUCAGACGGUGGUCUGGUCUGCUAAUAGGGAUUCCCUUGUCGGAAACUCUGACGAAUUCAACUUCGAUCAAAACGGAAUUGCUCGUUUACAGAUCGGAAAUACAACAGUUUGGUCCACAGAUACUUCUGGAAAGGGAGUUGUAGUCAUGGAGCUUUGGGAUUCAGGAAAUCUAGUUUUGCUUGGGACUGAUAACGUUGUGGUAUGGCAGAGUUUUAACAAUCCGACUGAUAGCCUUUUACAAAACCAGAAUUUCAGUGAUGGAAUGAGGCUUGUAAGCAAUCCAAGCUCCACUAAUUUGACAUAUUAUCUCGAGCUUAAAUCCGGUGAUAUGAUGUUAUACGCUGGUUUCAAAACCCCUCAACCUUAUUGGUCUUUAAGCAAAGACAGUCGGAAGACGAUUAACACUGCCGGCGGGGAACAAUUCGAUUUAGCCUCCAUCGAUGCGGGUUCAUGGAAUUUCUACAAUCAGAACAGCAGGGAUUUGAUAUGGCAAUUACCCAUUAUUAAAAACGGUGGCGAUCUAAAUGGGACGUGGGUUGCCGUUUUGGGUAACGACGGUUCUAUCUCGUUCUCGAAUCUACGGGCGGGCGUUUCCGACACUAAGAUACCAUUAGAUUCGUGUGGCUUGCCGGAAUCCUGCGAUGCUUAUCUUGUUUGCUCCGAUGGGAACAUGUGUCGUUGCCCGCAAUCUCUGAGCCAGUGGAAUUGCGAUCGAUCGACCAUGGAUUCUUCGUGCCAGAAAUCUGAUUCGGACAUUAAUAACGUAAACCUUGUGGAAGUUAAGGAUGCCACCGACUAUUUCUCACUUGGAUUCAUUUCCCCUGUUUUAAAAACGAGUUUGGACGGUUGCAAAUCAUCUUGCCUGGCAAAUUGCUCUUGCGCCGCCUUGUUCUUUCAGAAUAGCUCGGGGAAUUGUUUCCAGCUCGAUAUAGUAGGAAGCUUGAGGAAGAAAACCGGCAGUAAUGGCGGUUUUGUUUCGUUCGUUAAGGUUAGAGGCCAAGGAGGAGGAACCGGAAAUGGAAAUGGAAACGGAAACGGAAACGGAUCGAAACACUUCCCUUAUGUCGUGAUUAUAGUGGCCGCAACCGUUUUCGUGAUUCUCGGAUUAGUUUACAUUGGGUAUCGUCGUUUCUGGAAAAAGACUAAAUUCCCGGAAUCUCCGAAGGAAUGCUCCGAUGAGGAUAAUUUCUUGGGCAGUUUGUCGGGUAUGCCGAUACGUUUCAGCUAUACAGAACUCCAAACCGCGACCGAUAAUUUCUCGAUCAAGCUCGGUCAAGGAGGGUUCGGUUCUGUUUACAAAGGCGUUCUUCCUGAUGGAACCCGUAUAGCCGUGAAGAAACUUGAGGGUCUCGGUCAGGGUAAGAAAGAGUUUCGAGCUGAAGUUAGUAUCAUCGGCAGCAUCCAUCAUCUUCAUCUUGUGAAGCUAAAGGGUUUUUGUGCAGAAGGAUCUCAUAAGCUUCUUGCUUACGAAUUCAUGGCGAAUGGUUCAUUAGACAAAUGGAUUUUCAAGAAGAACAAAGAAGAUAAUUUCUUAUUGGAUUGGGACACUAGGUUUAACAUCGCACUUCGAACCGCGAAAGGGCUCGCGUAUUUACACGAGGAUUGUGAUGUGAAGAUCGUCCACUGCGAUAUCAAGCCCGAAAACGUGCUUCUAGACGAGAAUUACAAUGCCAAGGUUUCCGAUUUCGGAUUGGCUAAGUUAAUGAGCCGAGAACAGAGUCAUGUCUUUACAACUCUAAGGGGCACGAGAGGUUACCUUGCUCCCGAGUGGAUAACCAACUACGCCAUAUCAGAGAAGAGCGACGUUUACAGUUAUGGAAUGGUUCUAUUAGAAAUCAUUGGCGGGAGGAAAAAUUACGACCCGAAGGAGACUUCUGAUAAGUCACAUUUCCCGUCUUACGCGUUCAAGAUGAUGGAAGAGGGUAAAAUAAGGGAUUUAUUCGACGAAAGGAUGGCGGUUAAGGAGUCGGACGAGAGGGUCGGGGUGGCCAUAAAAGUUGCCCUUUGGUGCAUACAAGAUGACAUGAGUCUUAGACCAUCUAUGACUCGAGUGGUGCAAAUGCUAGAGGGGCUCUGCCCUGUUCCCAACCCGCCCGUGGCUUCUCCAAUGAGAUCACGUCUUUUUUCGGGCAUGUUUAAGUCUAUGAGCGACGGAGGAACGUCUUCUGGGACGUCGGCUCCAUCGGAUCAAUACAAUAGUGAAGCUUAUCUUUCUGCAGUGAGGCUUUCAGGGCCAAGAUGAUUUGGAAUAAAUCAAUGUAUACUAAUAAUCAUAUGUCAAAUAUAUUAUAUUUCAUUUGUUCAAUUGAUAGAUGUUAUAAUAAUGCACAUGAAAUUUUGUAAUGUAGCAAUUCUUAUAGCUUAUACUUACAAUGAUUGUUAUAUAAUGUUGAGGUGAUUGUUAUAUAUA